CUUUUCACAUUCCUCUCUCCAUCUUAACUUACUAAUCACUUCUUCUUCGCUUUAUCAUCACAGCCACUCAACCCACAGCAAUCCAAGCUUAAUUGAUUCGAUUGAACUCAUCUCACAGCAAUCCAAGCUCAACCAAUCCUGAUUGAUCAUGUCAUCACCAUCAUCCCAAACCUCACCCACUACGAUUACUAAUCUAACCAAUCGAAUCCUUCCCACCACUCCCAUCACUUCAUCCAAUCCAAGUCAAUCUAAUCAAACUGAUGAUCAUCGACCAAGAUCUAAUUCAAGUUUAACUUCAUCACCUAAUCAUCGACUUAAUCAGCAUCAAUUUCAUUCGAUCAGUAGUACUCAACUUAGUCAUUCUAAUUCAAAUCAAUCCAUCUAUUCUAAGAUUCUGGGUCCAAAUUCAAAGAAAUCUACUACGCUUCCUUCAGUCGAUGAAUCACUUCGUAGUUUCAAACUCUUACAAGCUUUACGUUCAGGCGAUUCAACUCAAAUCUUAACUCUCUUAAACCAAUAUCAAGAUCAUUCUACUACUCCACAUCAUGAUUCAGAUUCUCCAAUCUAUCAAAUCACUCCUCUUCAUUUGGCUGUAAGAUGUGCAAGCACUCAAACCGUUCAACUUGUACUUUCCAAUUCAUCACCUAAACAUCUCCUUACUCAAGAUGCUUCUGGUCAAACCCCGCUUCAUGUGGCCUGUGCCUUGGGUAGAACCGAUGUAGUAGCUCUUCUCUUGGCUCAACCUCAAGUCGAUGAUUCAAUUCGUGAUCUUGAUUCAAAGACUUGUUUAGAAGUUUGUAAACAUCCUGAAGUAGCUAAAUUGGUUCAAGUCUCACGUGCUCAAUUAUCUGGUAGCUUCUUGGCUUUACUUUCGGCUUAUAUUGCAUCUCCUCAAACUGCGAUUGUCAGCCAAGCUGCAGUUGAUUCUAUCGGCGCACCAUCCACAAAUGAAACCAGCAAGACUCCUAUCAACAAUCACGAAUCGGCUGCUGAUCAACUCUUCAAACUCUUGCAUUGCCCGCGUGCUAAAUUGAUUAAUUAUAAUCUUAAAGAAGAACAAUCGGGUACGACUCUUCUACAUGAAGCUGCUAGAAGACGGGAUUUGCAUCUGCUAGGUUUGGCGAUUAGUAGGGGAGCUGAUGUUUUGGCUAGAGAUCGUAAGAACAAAAUGCCAAUUGAUGUCGCCAAGGAUGAGAAAGUCAAGGGUAUUCUCAGACAGACACACGCUCAAAGCAAAAUUGAACCAUCUGGUCUUCAACCUACUUUGAAAGGUUAUCUCAGCAAAUGGACCAAUAUGGCCAAGGGCUACAAUAUCAGGUGGCUAGUCUUGGAUAACGGUUAUUUGAGUUAUUAUCGAGAUCAAAAGGAUGAGGGAAAAGCUGUCAGAGGGUCGAUUGCCAUGUCAGUUGCAAUCCUGACUGGACCCGAUAUCACUAAAGAUAAACUACGAUUCGAAGUUUCAUCCAAAUUAGGUAGUUCAUAUCCGAAAUUUUAUUUGAAAGGGGCUCAUCCCGUAGAAGUCAUGAGAUGGGUCGAUGCACUUAAACAAGCCAUUGAAUUGGCCAAGGAUAGCUCGCCUCAUCAACCAACUCACCUCGUUCGCAAAUCCUCAUCACCUUCAAUCAGCAACGCUGAGCAACACCCAGCCUCACACCGAAGGAGUUUUGUUCCUAAGCGGAUCAGAAACAGUCGAGUUUUGAACCGCUCCCCCAAGACCAACAAUUCUAGUCCGGAACAAGGAGAAGAAUCACCAUCUGGAAGUAUGUUUGCCGGCUCUUUUACAGAUGAUGACAACUAUGGAAUUUUAGGGCAAGAUGGAAGACCACCGUUCGACAAUGAAUUCGAUUUACUUUCUCAAAGUGUCAAGGCACACAUUGAGAUGACUGAACAUUUGAUUGAUUCGAUCACGAUCUCUAAUUCUCCUAUUCCUACGGCUACUUCGAAUCUUGGUUUAACUUCCUCGCCUUCUUCGUCUAGUCUGAUCAAGGGUACUCAACGACAAGUCGAAGUCAAAGAGGCACUCAAACGAUCAAUGCAAGACCUCAACACGAUGGUCUCCGAUUACUUUUUGAAAGUCAAUCAACGUGAAAAGUUUUAUAUUCGAAGAUAUGAACAAGAGUUGGCAGCCAAAAAGCUGUGGGAAGAAAAUAUGCAAAUGAUUGUAGCUACUCAAGCGGAGAUGGAACAAGAAUUGAAGAACGUGGCUAGAGAUAGUAGUCGCAGGAAGAAACAGUUGAAGAGCUUGAGAGCUGGAAUGAGUAGUGGUACUCCUGGGGGCUUGGCCGGGCCUGGUUCGAGUGAAUAUGUGGGUGAGAUCGUCACCCCUUCCGGCUUAGCACCAAGUUUAAACCCUGGAGCUGUCAAUCCAUCACCCAUCGGAGAUGUACACCAAGCUCCAUCCGCUCAUCCCUUGGCUUCGUCAUCGUCGGUCGACAGUGAUGAUGAUGAUGACGAUGACGAGUUUUUCGAAGCCAUAGAGACUGGUGCCAUAGCUGUCGAACCUAUGGCUGUGUCUAAGGCGUCAUUGGACACCAAUCGAGUUUCUGAAUUAGAUAUCUCUGUCAUAUGCAAAGGAUACGAAACCAAGCGAAAGACUUUACCAAUCAAGGCUGAUGAUCGGCCAUCUGUUUCACUCUGGGGUGUUUUGAAGAAUAGUAUUGGAAAGGAUCUUACCAAGAUUUCAUUUCCAGUCACCUUCAAUGAACCGGUCAGUAUGUUACAACGUAUGGCUGAGGAUAUGCAAUUUUCUGAAUGCUUGGAUGCGGCCGCUGAACAUUCAGACUCUUUAGUCAGACUCGCUUAUGUGGCGGGAUUUGCGAUGAGUAAUUAUUCGAGUACAGUUGGUCGACUUGCGAAGCCUUUCAACCCUUUGUUAGGGGAAACCUUUGAGUAUGUUGACCCGGAUAAACAAUAUAGAUAUGUUUCGGAGCAAGUUAGUCAUCAUCCUCCAACAAGUGCUUGUUACUGUGAAUCGAUCCGAUGGAAAUAUUUUGGAGAGACCGAUGCCAAGAACCGAUUCACUGGAAAAUCAUUUGAGAUCAAACCUACUGGAGUAGCUCAUGCUACACUGAAAUUACCUGAUACGUAUCCUGGUACUGAGUCUUACCCUCGAGUAGCAGAUGAUACAAGUAGGGUUGAAGAACAUUAUAGCUGGAAGAAAGUGACGACGAUUGUUAGCAACUUUAUACUCGGCUCACCGUCUAUUGAUCAUUAUGGAGAUAUGGAGAUCACUAAUCAUCGAACCGGCGAGAAAUGUAUAUUAACAUUCAAGCCUAGAGGAUGGAGAGGAAAAGAUGCAAACGAAGUGAAGGGAUCAGUGUAUGAUACAAGCGGAAAAGUUGUGUGGGAAUUAGCAGGAAAAUGGACCACUCAAUUAAUUGCGAGAAAGGCCGGAGGAUCUAAUCCAUCAGAUCGAGGAGAACUUGCACCGGAUCAAAAGGUCGAAGGUCGAGGACGAGAAUAUAUGUUAAUUUGGAAGAAUGACGAAAUCCUUGAACCUUUACCUUUCAAUUUAACAAACUUUGCGAUCACAUUAAAUGCAGUGAAUCCGACCUUGAAGAAUCUCUUACCACCUACAGAUUCGAGAUUAAGACCAGAUCAGCAUGCGUUUGAAAGAGGAGCAUGGGAAAAAGCAAAUGAAUUGAAAUCUGCAUUGGAAGACUUUCAAAGAAGUAAAAGAAGAAGACGAGAAUUAGGAGAAUUGCGUGAACAUUCACCUAGAUGGUUCAAGGUUGAAGAAGACGAAGAUAGCGGUGAAAGAACUUGGGGACCUGUCAAAGCAUCAGAUGGAAUUAAUAUUGCUUACUGGGAUGAAAGGCUGAAAGUUGGGAGAGCUAAGAUGGAAGGAGAUGAAUCGGCUGAAUGGAAUGAUGUCGAUCAUAUUUUUGGUGAAUUUGAAUUGAUUGAAGGAUGAUGGGUUUCGAAUUCAAAUUGUUCCAUUAUGUUUUGCUUUCUUUAUUCAUACAAUUGAUUGAGAUGAACCUUUUAGACUUGGAUUAUAGAAUCUCUUUUUUUUCGCGUUUGUUUUUUCAUUCUUUAAUUCUCAUCAUUUUUCAAAAUUGUUUUUUUUGUAUGUCUGUGUUUUUAUAAGUUGAAACAAAAAUCAUUGAAAAAAAAUCAAAAUCUGUUUUAAUCAUUUUGCUUAAUUCUUUUUCUUUUCAAUAAUAAAUGAAUCUGUUUUUGAUUUUGAUUUUCUUAUGUUUUUUGUUUGUUUGAAAUUCAUGAAAUUGAUAAAUUACUCUUUCUUUCUUUUC